AAUCAUUCCACAUCAAGAUGCGUUUCUGUCUACUGUUCCUUUUGGCCAUGAGCUGCUGUCUGCUGCAAUUCUCCGUGGCUGGAGUGAAUUUGGUGCGCGGACUGGAGGCUGCCGGUCAUCAUCGCAACUUCACCGGCUCACCACCACCGCGUGGUGCUCCUCCACCACCUCGGACCACCACCGCCAGUUCUUCGGGUUAAAUAAAUUGAAAGCAAAACACGAGAAAACUGGCAAAAUUUCCAUUGACGGACGAUUUAAAUGAAACCUACCAUUAUGUAAUCCUAUAGCUUCAAAAAAUAUAGAAAAACCAUUCCAGCAAAAAAAAAAAAAAAAUAGUUCCAGUGUUUUAAACCACAGUUUUAGUAAAUAUUCGUUUUUAUUUAUUCGUAAUUGGCAAUAUAUCUAUCUUAUCUCGUUUUAAGAUACUGAAAUGAAUUCAUUGAAAUAUAAAAUUCUAC